GCACCCGCCCGGCGGGCGCGGGACCCGAGUCGGCUCCGGAGUCUGUCAUUCCAGAGCGGUGUGCGGGGGUGCGCGCCGGCGAUGCAUCCCUGUCCCCAGCGCCCGGGCCGCGCGGGGCUGGUGUCUCCUGCCCCGGGGCCCCGCCCCCUGCCCCACCCGAGCCGGACGGCUUAGCUGGGGCCGCAGCGCGGCAGCAUCGCUCUCGCCGCUGCUGCUCCGCCCCAUCCCCUUCUGUUUUUCUCUCAUUCUCCGGCGGCGGCGGCGGGGAAGGCGGAGGCAGAGGCGGCGGCAGCGGAGCUGGCUGCAAUGAAUGAUCCCCCAGCUUGGGGGGAGGACUCCAGCCUGUGCAGCGAGGACCCGAGAGCAGGGGAGGCCCGGACUGCAGCAGCGGCGGGGCCACCUCCCAGCAUCCCCACCCUAGGAGGCUGCUUGCGGAUUGAAGAGCGGCGCCUGGGGGCUGGGCUGGCCCCGCGGAUCCGCACCUUGGGAGGACAGCAGGACCGCCCAGGCUGCGGAGGGGGUCGGGGCCGGGGGUGGGGUAGGAAGGACAGAGCUGCAAGAUGGCCAGUAAAACCAAGGCCAGCGAGGCCCUCAAGGUGGUGGCCAGGUGCCGCCCCCUCAGCAGGAAGGAGGAGGCUGCAGGUCACGAGCAGAUCCUGACCAUGGACGUGAAACUGGGCCAGGUGACCCUGCGAAACCCCCGCGCUGCCCCUGGGGAGCUGCCCAAGACCUUCACCUUUGAUGCCGUGUAUGAUGCCAGCUCCAAGCAGGCAGAUGUGUAUGAUGAAACCGUGAGGCCUCUGGUAGACUCGGUGCUUCAGGGUUUCAAUGGCACGGUGUUUGCCUAUGGCCAGACAGGCACUGGCAAGACCUACACCAUGCAGGGCACCUGGGUGGAGCCCGAGCUCCGCGGGGUCAUCCCCAAUACCUUUGAGCAUAUCUUCACUCACAUCUCACGCUCCCAGAAUCAGCAGUACCUGGUCCGGGCCUCCUACCUGGAGAUCUACCAGGAGGAGAUUCGAGACCUGCUCUCCAAGGAGCCUGGCAAGAGGCUAGAGCUGAAGGAGAACCCCGAGACGGGUGUCUACAUCAAGGACCUCUCCUCCUUCGUCACCAAGAAUGUCAAGGAGAUUGAGCAUGUCAUGAACCUGGGGAACCAGACCCGGGCAGUGGGCAGCACACACAUGAAUGAGGUCAGCUCCCGCUCCCAUGCCAUCUUCGUCAUCACCGUGGAGUGCAGUGAGCGUGGCUCGGAUGGCCAGGACCACAUCCGUGUGGGCAAGCUCAACCUGGUGGACCUGGCCGGGAGCGAGAGGCAAAACAAGUCAGGCCCCACCACUGCUGGGGGCACAGUCACACAGCCCACAGGCAGUGGAGGCGGCGGAGGUGGUGGAGAGAGGCCUAAGGAAGCCUCCAAAAUUAACCUCUCGCUGUCUGCCCUGGGCAACGUGAUCGCUGCUUUGGCGGGUAACAAGAGCACCCAUAUCCCCUACCGGGACUCCAAGCUGACUCGGCUGCUCCAGGACUCUCUGGGGGGGAAUGCUAAGACCAUCAUGGUGGCCACCCUGGGGCCAGCUUCUCACAGCUACGAUGAGAGUCUCUCUACCCUGCGCUUUGCCAACCGGGCCAAGAACAUCAAGAACAAGCCCCGGGUGAAUGAAGACCCUAAGGACACACUGCUGCGGGAAUUCCAGGAGGAGAUUGCCCGCCUGAAGGCCCAGCUGGAGAAGAAGGGGAUGCUGGGCAAGCGGCUCCGCAGGAAGAGUAACCGCAGGAAGAAGGCUGUGUCAGCGCCAGCCGGGUACCCGGAGGCACCAGUGAUGGAGGCCUGGGUGGCAGAAGAGGAGGAUGAUAAUAACAAUAACCUCCACCCACGCCCGCCCAUCCUGGAGUCAGCCUUGGACAAGAACAUGGAGAAUUACCUGCAGGAGCAGAAGGAGCGGCUGGAGGAGGAGAAGGCAGCCAUCCAGGAUGACCGCAGCCUAGUGAGUGAGGAGAAGCAAAAGCUGCUGGAGGAGAAGGAGAAGAUGCUGGAAGACCUGCAGCGGGAGCAGCAGGCCACAGAGCUGCUUGCAGCCAAGUACAAGGCCAUGGAGAGCAAGCUGCUCAUUGGGGGCAGGAAUAUCAUGGAUCACACCAACGAGCAGCAGAAGAUGCUGGAACUGAAGAGGCAGGAGAUUGCAGAGCAGAAACGCCGUGAGCGGGAAAUGCAGCAGGAGAUGAUGCUCCGAGAUGAGGAGACUAUGGAGCUCCGGGGCACCUACACGUCCCUGCAGCAGGAGGUGGAGGUCAAAACCAAGAAACUCAAGAAGCUCUAUGCCAAGCUGCAGGCGGUGAAGGCGGAGAUCCAGGACCAGCAUGAUGAGUACAUCCGCGUGCGGCAGGACCUGGAAGAGGCGCAGAAUGAGCAGACCCGGGAACUCAAGCUCAAGUACCUCAUCAUCGAGAACUUCAUUCCCCCUGAGGAAAAGAACAAGAUCAUGAACCGGCUUUUCUUGGACAGUGAGGAGGAACAGUGGAAGUUUCAGCCACUUGUGCCAGCCGGAGUCAAUAGCAGCCAAAUGAAGAAGCGGCCAACAUCUGCAGUGGGCUACAAGAGGCCUAUCAGCCAGUAUGCACGAGUUGCCAUGGCAAUGGGGUCCCACCCCAGGUACAGGGCUGAAAACAUAAUGUUUCUGGAGUUGGAUGUGUCCCCUCCAGCUGUCUUUGAAAUGGAAUUCUCUCAUGACCAAGAACAAGACCCCCGUGCACUACACAUGGAGAGGCUCAUGCGGUUGGACAGCUUUCUGGAAAGACCUUCUACAUCUAAAGUCCGAAAGUCCAGGUCCUGGUGCCAGAGUCCUCAGCGGCCUCCACCCUCCACCUCACAAGCCUCGCUGGCCUGUGCUGCUUUGCGUCCCACGACAGUGCUAGACCAUGAGUGACCUUCAGCCAGGCCGCCCAUCCAACAGCCUCCUAGGAUGGGGCAGCCAACCCUGGAUCAUCUCACCUGCCGCUUGGUGUGCGUGCAUGUGUGUGCAUGUGUGUGUGCGUAUGUGUGAGGGCUGAGAAUCUGGCAGACCAUGCCUCUGCCUGCUCUUCUUAGCCUCCUUUAUUUAAUUAAUGUUAUUUAUUCGUGGAGCUCAGUUAGUGUGGGAGAGGUGCCCUCAUCUGGGCCUGUGGUGGUCCCUGCACAGCCUCCUUGUCUUCAGACUUUAGACUCCCCCAAGUCAGACUCCCCUCAAGCUCUUUCCUGUCAGCUGCCCCCAGAAAGGAAGUUGGCUGGUGCCUGAGAAGAGAGUUCUUUUUCUACCUGUCUCACUCUGUAAUCUCCAUCUCCUGUGCUGACGGUGAGCAGCUUCUAAGCACUUUCUGGGACAAGAAAAAUGUUCGGUGUCCACAGAGGACAAGAGUCAUCCUGACAGUGUUAAGCCUGUGCUUCCAGCAGAGAGAGCCUGCUUUCCACUCUCUGGGCCUCAGACAACCUCUUUUGGCCUCUUGGGCUUCACAAGGACUUAAACAACCUCACAGACCCAGCCCGUGCUCUUCAGCUUUGGCAAGAACUCAUGGCUUCCCAAACUCUGCUUCCUGCCCUCUUCCCAGCCAUUGGGUGGGAAUUAUGAACCACCAGUUGCUGCCUCCUCAGGACCUUCAGGAAGUGGAACAGUAAUGGAGACAGCGUGGACAGUCAUCAAGGGAAGCCCCUCCUCCCACUCCCUUUGUUUCUCCCCCUCUGAGAAGUACCUUUGGUCAAUAAGCAGCCAAGCCAACUCCCCAUUUUUGAGAUGCUCCUUCUCCCAACUUUGGUUUUCCCUGCAGCUGCUUGGAUCCCAGUCCAUUGAGCAAGGAAUCCAUGUCACUCUGCCCCUGGCUAAACAAAGGCAUCAGGAUCCGUUCUUGCCCCUUCAUUUAGCACAGGAGACAGAGACCUAGCCACAAUCUGCCAGCUUUGCCUAUUACCCCUGUUUCUGAAUCACAUUUGUUAGGCACCAUUUUGUUGAAAACCGACCAUUUCUUCAGCAUUGUGCAAAUUGGUCUUUAGGGCAGUACACCUACCUCCCUUUGUGAUAUCCCAAGAUAUCUCUAAGUAUCUCAAGUGAUAAGUAAAUUUAUUUAAAAAAAAGAGAUUAAUUUUCUUUGACUUACCUUUUAAGAGUGUAUUUUGGUGGAGGGGUGAGGAGGUAAUCAUGAAAGACAUCAAGUGGUUUAAGAUUUCAAACUGUCCUUAGUGGGAAUCUCCUGUUCCUAAAAUAUGAGUUUAGUCAUCAAGAUAAAGGCAAGAAACUGAUCUACCUGAAAUUUGGUGUGUGGGAGAGGGUGAUGGGGGCUGAUGACCUGCUUAUUCUCUAUCAGGAAAUGAACCCUUCUUUUACAGUUCAAGUUCCUCUCUAAGGACCAAGCUAUGGUUUGGCUUAACUCAAUGAUGCUGUCAUUUCUGCUAUCAUUACUGGACUAGAUGGUUGGGUAACUCAAUUGCCAUUUGCUCCUGUCCUUCAAGGAAAUACAUUUUCCGACAGAGCCCAGGAGAUUAUUUGAGACUCGGGAUUCAAAUCAGAGGUUCAGCUAUGGCUGGGACAGGAGCUGUGUGUGGAAAUCUCCCAGGUGGCCUGGGCACAGGGGUCCUCUGGGCCUGCAUUGAACAGCCUCUCCCACUGACCUCUUCCUUGUUUGUGAAUGAAGCAGCAUGUGUCACCGCCCUCUCUCUCUCUCCAGAUUGCCUGGACACAUCGACUCUGCAUUGUCGGUCUCCAACCCUCACAGUCUUAGAGCACAAUAUACCCAACUUCACCACCCCAGUCUGAGGACUGGGCCCAAGGUGUGGGGGGCUGAGGAGCUCCUGCCUCCAGUUUUGUGGAUGUGUGGAUGUGUGUGCGUGUUUACCUCCACAGGGGACACUCUACCCUCAGCGUAAGAUAUGCUGGGAACAGGGCCACCAGGGUGGUUGGAUCUGUUUCUGUCUCUCUCUUUUCUUCUUGAUAAUCAAACAUUUGAUUGAUGAAAUAGGGCCUUGAUCAGGACCAAAUUUCCACACCUGUUGCUGUGGUCUUUAUUUAGGACAACAGUUAACAGUGCAGUGGCCCAUUCUUGUCACUCUACACAUAUGACUAUACAAGACAUAUGUAAUAUAUAAAUAUAUAAAUAAAACAUUA